GCAAUUUAAGGUGGUACCAAAAUUGUGAACUACAUUUUCUCGUAGGUGUGUACUUAGAAUUUAGAAACAAUAUCUAAUACCAAGGUGGGUCAAUGGCGUCGUCUCUCUUCAAAACCCUAAUAAGGUCGUCGAAUUCGCCAUCAACGGCUAGAUAUCUGAGUUCGACCACCGCUGUCAUCAGCAACCAUACCGCCAAAUGGAUGCAGGAUAUUAGCAAAAAAUCACCAAUGGAGUUGAUCAAUGAAGUUCCACCAAUUAAGGUCGAAGGCAGGAUUGUUGCAUGUGAAGGAGAUACCGACCCGGCACUUGGGCAUCCAAUUGAGUUCAUAUGCCUUGACCUAAAGGAGCCGGCUGUUUGCAAAUAUUGUGGUCUACGUUAUGUUCAGGAUCACCAUCACUAGGACUUCUACAAUUGCUAGUGUGAGCCAUUGUCAUGCUUACUGAUUGUACUUGUGUUUAGUGUUUGGCAAAAUAAGGACUUGAUGCGGUUAAUUACCAUCAGCAGCAUACGCAGAUUUAUGAAAUUUUACCUUAUUAAUCAAUUUUUUCUGCUAUAGUUGCCAAGU